CCUGGUAUCAAGUUGGUGGGAGUAAAUAUGAAGUACACAUAUCUCUUUGCGAUUGUUCAUCUCGUGAUAUCACGGUCUACAAAUGACGUACACACGAAUUUAGAUAAAAUGAAUGAUGUUUGUGAGUUCACAGUCAGUAAAUCGUCAAAGGAAAACUUCAAAACGGAAUGGAUCAAUUCUGAUAGUUUGAUUGCAAAAUUUACAUUUGAAAUAUAUGAUCGAAAUAUGAAACCAAUGAAAUAUUCUAAAUCAAAUGAGACCUUCUUGCCAUUAGAAUGGAGUGUGACUCUUGGUCAUGAAGCAAAAGGAAAUUUAUAUACGUCAUGGAUGAUAGACAACUGGCUUUACUCAUUUGGUCUUUUAGACGCAAGAACUUUAACGGAUAUUACAAUACAGCUUUUAAGUACUUCGCCGUCAUGUCAGAUCAAAUUUGGGGAGAAUGAAACAGUUCAAAGUAUAACAACAGCUUUACAUACCCUGUCUGUAAAAACCUGGCGAGAACAUGACAAAAAAAUGAAAAAUAUAAGGACUUAUUGGUGUUUCUAUAGUGCGUACCCUCGCAUAACAGAUUCUGCCUGGUAUACAGCAAAAAUUUAUUUUGGUUUUGCAAUCAGAAUGUUUGGAUAUAGAUGUUGUUACAAGACCAGAACAGAGCUUUUUGAAUGCACCGACGAAAACGAUAGUCGAUUAAACCAAUAUCAGCUGAUGCCAUAUUACGUUGGAAUGGUCUUUUUCUGCUUUUUCCCUAUUAUGUUGAUGAAAUGCAGUGCUCGCUCUAUGAAAUCUGGAAGCAAGAUCAGAACUGCAAAGCAAAAAUCCUACCAGAGUUUUGAUUUCGACGACAAAUAUAUAUAUUUACAAAAAAGAAGCCCCGUUUCUGUGGCUAGUUUAUUCCUUGGUAUUUGUGGAUUGGGCUUUAAACAUCCAGUUGCUGCUACCAGGAUACGACGAAUUGUUUUUGUACUAGGACUACCAUUAUUUGUUUAUUUGGAAAUUCUUAUGUAUUAUAUCGGAUGGCCUGAACUUGCACCGGCUUUGGUGAAAAAUAAAAUACCAUUCGGCUUUUCAUCAAUUCUAGGUGGUUUGAGUGAAAGCCGAUCUUUAUUUCUACCGAUGUUUGGAGGCCCUUUUAUAGCUCUGUUUCUGUAUUUUGUAGCUGGUAUUGUUCUUUUAGUAAUACCCGUUGACCAUGGGUCACAUAUUGAAAUGGGUCUCCCAUCAGAUAACGGAGAAUAUUCGUCUCUGCUGUCAAUGAAUGUUGCAACAAUCGAAAAGUUAUCUUCAAAGUGUUGUCUCAAUCGUACAGGUUAUCAUAAAAUUUAUUGUGUCCUACGAUCUAAUGUUUUCAUGCUUAUUAAUCCCAAAUUUUGGAGUUUCGUUAUCGGUUAUCAAAUUAUGCGUUAUCAAAGAAGUUUGAGCUUUUUUAAUGAUCAAUGUAACUUUCCUAUAGUAGUAUUGCCAAUUUGUAUAUUUCUAUUGCCAUUGUACAUACUAUUGUGCUUUAUUGAGUUGUGCCUAGUUAUAAUAUACUAUGGGUUACCUAUGAUUUCAUUCCUAUUUAUAUGUGUCAGAGGUUAUACAUUGAGUCUGCAUCGCUAUUUCACACAGAAACAUUGUGUUUUAACAGCCAUAUUCAUGUUUAUCACAACUAUACUAUAUUUGUAUUUUCUUUUUAUGUGUUGUAUUAUAAUACUGGCAUCUUUCACAUUUUUGACAUGUAUUGUAUUUUUUGUAUAUCUUUCGGUUGUGAUAUUUCCUAAUUAUUCUUUCACGUUUGUUUAUUCAUUUUUCAUGCUUUUGUUCUUUGUAUAUCGGAUUGGUUCUGAAAUAGAACACGACUACUUUGAAUUGCUUCUUAAAACAAUUAAAGCUGUCAAAUACAUCGGUGAAACACGAGAGGAUGUAAAUUAUGUUGUGACCGAACCUGGAACUGAAUUAGUUAAUAUUGAGAUGCUUUCUACGGACAAUGAGGGACGUAGAGUCCGUGAGAGAAGACAGUUACCAGGCAUACCCAAAAAACUGUUUGAAUUUGUCACUCGGAAGCAUCGCCCUUUACACAUUUGCAUAUUCUUGUCAGUUCUGCAGAUAGCUUUGAUGUCAUUUCUCAUCUCGGCAUCAAUCGUUUUUGUUUCACAGUACGUCAGACCGAUGCGGACGGAUGAAUCUAGUGAAAUACUGCAUGUCUUAAGCGUUUUGCUGAUAACUAUUCUACCAAAUCUGAUUCACAGCUUUUUCACAGAGAAGAUCAAUCCAAAGGUUAGAAAACUGAAAAUAAGACAGACCGUUAUUGAAUUCUAUCAAUUAGAAUUAUAAACUAAUAGUGGACCACUGACCUUCGUAUUUGUUCCACUCAGUCAUUUUCGUAAGAGACAUUGGUUCUUAACUUUUUUAUUGACCGGCAUAAAACAAAAAUAUCGAGAAAAAAACAAAGACUAUGCAUAGGAGCCGAACACAACUGUUGGUGACAUAUUCAAACUCUAAAUGAUCUAUGAUAAUUUAUUAUUAGAAGAACACAUUGAACGAACAUUAAUUUCAUUGCUACAGUAUCAAAAUAUUCAAAUACAUAAAUUUACUUCUGAAUUGUUUGUUUAUUAAAAUGUCCUGAAAGUAA